AUGGACGGCUCAUAUCCCAUCCAUCCUACCCAAGCUAUGCAAUCACCAUUCUUCUACUACAACCCGGACCCUCAGGGCGAGAACACACGCCAACACGGCCACUUCACACCCCACCCAUCUGGACAGGCUACCUUCCAAGCACAAAACAUGUACUACCAGAGGCCAACAUCGGCAUGCUCUCAGAUGUCCUACCCUCAGACAGCCUACGCCAACCAGAUGCUUACUCCAGUCGCAUCACCUCAGCCAAUGUACCAGAAGCCCACAAUCUUGAUCCAACCUCAAGAUUCGCCAUACCUUCACCCCAUUGACACCGACUACUCGUUCUCACCUGCUACACCUCCUCUUUCAUCAUGCGGUAGCAACACCAGCAGCCCUCCCUCUACAUACGAUGUCCUUCCUACACCGCUGCACGACAUGUUCUCUGCUGAGGGCAUUGAGGGUGUCAAGCAAGGCUGCGAAGGCGAGGUCUUUUCUGAGCUUCUGUCCGCUGGUCUCGAAUGGCGUUCAGCUUCCCCACCCAUGACUCCAGGUAUGUAUUUUCUACUAUUAAUCUCGUCUUGUCUUAUGCAAGCGAUGUCGUUGCUCUGGCUUCGCGUCGACAAAUUAUCACGUGAGUGCGUGGACGGUGUUGCUAACUCCUUCAAGUUUACAUCCAGCCUCCGUCGGCUAGCCAGGGGUCUUACCUUCUGUCUGCAACUUCAUGCCCCUCGCUCUCCCCAUCACCAUCACCAGUACCCCGCGCUGCAUUUGCUGAAGCCGAGAACAACUUCUGCAACCCCCCGCGAUCUCACCGUCUCUGCCACUACUGAGCUCCCCAUUGUCACACUUUGCCCUGGCGACGAAGAGCACAAGGUUGUCCUUAAGGGUGAGACUGCCCAGGUUGACAGCUUCGAGUCUGCUCAGUCCUUCAACAUUACUGGCCUUCCCACUUUCGAGCCCCUGUUUGAGCUUGACUGCGAAGACGACUUCACCGGCCUUGUCAACUUCUCCACCGACAGCGUCCACUUCCUCGGCAACAAGCGCCAGCGCACUGACCUUGGUGCCUUCUCACCUGAGGAGGACUUCCUAAGCGACGAGAGCUUCACAGACUUUGAGGAGGAGCUUGUUCACGGUCUGCCCCUUACCCCUGCCGCCAGCGACUUCGACAUGUCCGCCGCUCCUAAGAGGCGAACAGUCAAGAAGGCUCGCUCAGAGUUCAGCGAGACUGAGUCCGACUACCAGGGUAAGCAACAGACAUCAGGUGAUGAUAACACCAUGUCUGGAGCAUCAAGCCAACAAGAAUCAGGUCAAGCCGAGAACGCUGUCGGCUCCAGCUCAGACGAACACGCCACUCCUGUCGCACCUACCAGCCGUCGCGGUCGCAAGCAGUCGCUCACCGACGACCCUUCCAAGACCUUUGUCUGCACACUCUGCUCGCGCCGCUUCCGUCGUCAAGAACACCUCAAGCGUCACUACCGCUCUCUCCACACUCACGACAAGCCCUUUGAGUGCACCGACUGCGGUAAGAAGUUCUCCAGGAGCGACAACCUCUCCCAGCACCAGCGCACCCACGGUACUGGCGCUGUCAGCCUCGAGGUCAUGGGCUCCGACUUCCAUCACUCUGACAUGCAGCAUGGUCAAUCUGGUGCGUUCGGCGCACAGGCGCCUUCCACCAUGGGUGAGAUCCUCUACAACGCUGCUGCCGAGAUCUCCACCUCAAGCUCAGAUGGAUCAGAGAACGAGUCGUCGCCCAGCCAGAAGAAGCGCAAAAGGAACGAGUAA